AUGAAAACUUGUUCAUUGGGAUGUGUUAAAGAGCAUAAAGUAAAGUUUGGAUGUGAUGGUGUUCGUAAAAAGACUAUUUACAUUGAUAUAGAAAAAUAUGGAUAUAAAGAUUUAAUGAGUGAUUAUGUGUUUCUUGAAGAUAUUUCGCGGAAUAUUGAUACAGCUCGUCGUCUUAGACUUGAUAAAAAUACCAAGAAGUAA